AUGCCGUCAAGGAGGAAAGGAAAGAGGAGGUCGUGCGAAACUAGAAACUUGCGUCUCCUGCAAUCCGCGUCAAACCUGGUUUUGGCUUCCGCCCCAAGCCAACCCCAGACCUACCGACCGACCUUGUCUCUCCCUCUAUAUAUUAACCUUCCAAGAGGGGCCGGCUGCCAAUCCAAGACCAGAGAUUCCAAGGGAAUUGAAUUCAGAUUACGAACAAGAUGACAGGAGGAACAGAAGCUUUCCCGGAUUUGGGAAGACACUGCCAGCUCUCCGAUUGCAACCAGCUCGAUUUCCUCCCCUUCCAAUGCGACGGUUGUCGUAAGGUUUUCUGCGUUGAGCAUCGGUCCUACAAGUCCCACGAGUGCCCGAAAUCGGACCACAACAGCAGAAAGGUGGUGGUUUGCGAAAUCUGCUCGGCCUCCAUUGAAACCACCGGCCGCGACGGCGAACAAGACCAGAAAUUGCUGUUGGAGAAGCACGCCAAGUCCGGAAAUUGCGACCCCAGAAAGAAGAAGAAACCAACCUGCCCGGUUCGGCGGUGUAAGGAGAUUCUCACGUUUUCGAAUACCAGCACCUGCAAGACCUGCCAGAUCAAGGUUUGCCUCAAGCACCGGUUCCCGGCCGACCAUGUUUGCAGGAAGCCGACGGCGGCACAGCCGUCGUUGGUGGGGAAGGCUGUGAGCUGGAACGACAAGUUCAUGGCUGCUUUUGCUUCGAGGGAAGGGAAAGAAUGUGGGAAGAGUGCGCGGGAUUCCAAGUCUUCGGCUUCGAGUGCGCCUUCUGUUCGAGCUUAUUGAGAGAUUGUUCAUCUGCUUCCACAAUUUGAUGUUUGUCCCAAACGACAUCGUUACGUUGUAAUUCUUUGAUUCAAUUACAGUACACAAAUAAACGUUUGAUUCCUCCUUAA